AUGGAGCGCUCAUGGGAACAUAAUAAUGCGUGUUUAAUGUUAACUCAUAAAAUUAAUUUAAAUCAGUCGAAAAACUAUUUUGAUUUUAAAUGUUACCGAAUAUGGAUAACGAAAGCAACAGCGAUGAGUGAUGAAGAAUUUCAACAAACAGCCGAAUAUCCAUCAAAGAUUAUUGUUCGAUGGUAUGAAGCCAAUUUAUUUGAUAUUGUUCAUUGUCGUGAACGGGAUUUUAAAAUACUUCAUGAAUUAAGCUUUAUGAUGCCGUUUAGUUUUACAAUAAUGUCAAUGUAUAAUCCUGGAAUAAUGUUUCUGUCUGGUGCACGGUCAUGUCUGGUUAUAUGGAUGGGAACUGUGACAAUGCUGAUGUGUCAAGAUGGUGAGACAUAUUCAUUGACGCCUGAAGAAGGUUGGCUAAAAUAUGGUCAAGAUUGUCAAAUAGAUCGUGUAAUUGCAAAUUCAUUUUUGGAAAUAAUUGUUUUGAUGUAUUGUAAUAUUGAUAAAUCGAGUAAUAGUCAACAUAUGUUUUAUACAAGAAUUGGUGAAUCGGGAAUUCUAUAUGAAUUGCAUCCUUUAACUCCUUAUUCGUAUACAGUCGUAUUUGAUACAAAUGGUGAUUUACAUCAAAUAAUAAAAUCAAAUAAUAAAAAAGAAUCAUUGUAUGUUGUACAAUAUCCAUUGCGUACAGAAAUAACAAAUAUUCUAAAAAAUAAAUAUCCAGUAUUUCUAACCGAAUGUGAUAUAAAAAGUUUAAUAAUAAACUCAUCAUCAUCCGUUCUCUAUUUUGAUUAUCCAAAAAAGACAUCAUUAGUAACAGUAUUAACAACGACAAAUGAAAAAUCGAGUUAUAUUAAGAAACUUAUUCGAAGAGAUAUGAUUUCUUAUACUUAUUCAUUUUCUACAAAUGUUAAAAAUCGUCUGAUAUCAACAAGACUUGUGACAGAUUUAAUUUUACAUCCAGGUCCAAUGCUACAAAAAUUUGAUACUAGUCCAGUUAAUUAUGAAACUUAUUUAAAUCCAGACUUGAGUUUAUCCGUUAUAACAUUGCGACCAUCUCACGUCGCUUUAUCAUGCGAUAUGACAAAUAUAAUUAAAGUAUAUGACGAUGAGUCUCAUCUUAUCUGUUUCCAUCGAAGCGAGAAAUUAAUUGUUCUUAUUUUUUCGCAGACGAUUUAUAUACGAUCUGGAUGCAAUAAACAUUUUCAUAUAGAAAUAGUCAGUUGUGAAAAUAGUCUCACAUGUACAUAUAUUAGUAGAAAAGAAGAUGGUACCCCGAUCGAAUAUAAACAUGUGACAACGUAUAGUGAAACACCAGUGAUAACAUUAGAACAGCUCAAGAAAUCGUAUUUCAUGAAAAUUUAUAUAUCAGAUGAAUUUGAAAUGAUUGCUCAAGAAUAUUAUGGAUAUUUUCUUAUUGAAGAAAUUGAAGGACGAAAAACAUAUACGGUUUCAACAUCAAAUUCGGUAGUACAUAACAGUUUAUGUGUACAGGUUCAUAAUUACAAGUUUUUCGAUUAUGUGAUUAUGCCACGCAGUCAAUGUUAUGGUGGAAUGGAGAUUGAACCAUCAUUUUUAUCGACUACACCAAAUAUCCGCUAUUUAGAUGCUCCAUUUACACUUUUAAUACAAGAACGAGACCUUUAUCAGUUUAAAAUACGUCUGUUAGAUAACUUUGAUAGUUAUUGUAUACUCGAAAAACGAUUUAAUGUUAAAAUAACAGCCUAUUAUUCAUAUAAAUCAACAUAUGAUUGGUUAAUAUAUGCACUCAUUGCAUUUGUUGUAUUAAUGAUUAUUCUAUUAUGUAUUACAUUUUAUUUUUAUUAUAGAAAAAAUGUUAACGAAAUGGUGUUUAAUAUUUGUAUUCAUCAAGCAUUUUUGGCUCUGACUAGUGAUCGAUUAGUUUCACAAAAAACUGAAUUAUCUCAAAAAGCAAGUCGAAAUGCUCAUCGUCGCUUAUAA